GAGGCGACAGCGAUUGCGCAGCAAAAAACGUCUUCGUGUACUUAGCGUUCCAUCGGUGGCAAUCCUUCGACAUCAUGUCUUUCCGAGGAAACGAAUGCAGGAUCUACGUCGGAAAUUUGCCCCCGGACAUCAGGAGCAAGGAUAUUGAGGAUUUGUUUUACAAAUUCGGCAAGAUAACUUUCAUCGACUUGAAGAACCGUAGGGGUCCGCCAUUCGCUUUUGUUGAAUUCGACGACCCCAGAGAUGCAGAAGAUGCGGUGCAAGCCCGAGAUGGCUAUGACUAUGAUGGCUACCGCUUGCGUGUGGAAUUCCCUCGGGGCUCUGCACCUGGGCGAGGCAGCAUGGGACCUGGCAGGGGCAGGGGUCCCCCUGCCCGGAGGUCUCAGUACAGAGUUCUUGUUUCAGGUUUGCCCCCUAGUGGCAGCUGGCAGGACCUGAAGGAUCACAUGCGGGAGGCUGGUGAUGUUUGCUAUGCUGAUGUGUUCAAGGAUGGUACUGGUGUUGUGGAGUUUCUCCGAUAUGAGGACAUGAAAUAUGCUGUCAAGAAGCUGGAUGACUCGCGCUUUCGGUCCCAUGAGGGUGAAGUGUCGUACAUCAGGGUGCGUGAAGACUACAGCAGCCGCUCGCGCAGCCGAAGCCGCAGCUACUCUCCACGCCGCUCUCGUGGUUCUCCCACGUACUCUCCAGCCCGCCGGUCUGGGUCACGAACACCAUCACGCUCCCGCUCCUGCUCGCACUCCAACUGAACUGGGAACAUUUUGAGGUCUGAUGUACGAUGGACAGCAUUGUGCGCUCCACAGGCAACCUUUCCGACCAGGGUUUUUUUUUUUUUUUUUUUUUGUGAAUCAUUGUAGCUUCAUUACUUUUGUUUUCUUGCAUUGCUGUGGUUGAUCCAAAGUGUUGUUGCACUGUGUUAAUUUCGGGCCGUAGCAUUGGGUACCAUCCCAUCAUUGUUCAAAAUCCGGAAGGUCAGCUGUCCGCUGUUAGAAAUUUUUUUACUCCAAAGUAGAGUUCCCAGGCAAUCAUUGAUGCUGAGCAUUAGCAACUGGCUUCCAGCUUUAUUAGAGUAGUCAGAAUUAGCACCUGUCAUACUAAUUCUAUGUCCAAAUGAUUUUCGUGCAUAUGCAUAGAUUAAUUUUUGUUCUUUAUUCAAGUACUGCUUAAAUUGUCGCUUUUGUAGUGUGGGAAUGUCAUUUUUGCAUCACCAUUUCAUUAGCCCACCGUUUUGUGACAAGCCAUGUACAGAUUGUUUUUCACCUUUAUUCUUGUCACCAGAGUAGCGCACAUGUAGAAAUCGUAUGCAUACACAUGCACUUUCAGCCUGUUCAUUUGUAUGUUGGCACAUCAUGCAAUCUUAAUCGGGUAGCACUUAAGCUUACACCAGCUGCAGCAAAAAGCACAUUUCGAUAUGAGUGUUUGUGGUGUGUUGUUUGCAAAGCAAAAAAAAAAAAAAACUUGUCUUGUGAAUGGCGAUGCCCAUCUCUUGUCUCAAUCUGUUUGUCUGUCUAGAUGCCACAAAACGGGAGGAUGGCACACGUCGCUGAGGAUCACUAAAGUGGAUAUGUUUGCAGACACUCACAUUUGGAUCGGAGGAGCUUAGCGGGUGGAUUGUGAAAAAAAGGUGUGGUGCUGCCCUACCGAGGAUUUGGCAAGGCGCACGCGGCAGGAAGGGGAGAAAAACAAAAAACGUUUUGUUCAGUAGAGCAAGCGCUGGUUCGGGGAGCGCAAGAGGAAUACGGCGCUGGGAGAAGUGGCUUGCACACAAUGGCAGGAGGAGAACACGCCGCGUAGCGCAUAGGAAGGAGCAGCACGCAUCCUGCACACGGGAGACGGAAUUGGCCAUCAGGAAUUCGGAGCCUCAUUUCAGGGUAGGCCCCUCCCUAAACCAACCCCACAUUGACGCUCGCCGUCGCGUUGGCUCGUGCGCUCUCACUUGCUCCCCCCUCUUUUUGGAAGGCAUCUUACGGCUCUGCCGGGCCAGGCCUGCUUCACUUUGUAAUCUGCCAUCCUUCAUGCUUGUUUUGCCGGAAGACUCGGUAGCCUUAUAAAAGAUACAUGCCCAGGGUGCGAGCGUUCACUAACCUCCUGUUCUCUUUUUCACUGUCUAUGCUUAUCUAACGAGCCCUGUUGUGCCCUUUUGAAAUUGCAAACAUCAAGGUGCACUUUCUAGAUUAAGGCACAGUAUGGUAGUUGACACUAGCUCAUUUUCUUAUUCAAAUAAAGUGUAAGGGUGGCUCAAAGCCCGGCAAAGAUCCUGGAUUUGAAAAAACCAUUAGGCGACUCCUUUGAAGAUGAAUGACGAGAGUCUAUGGCUCUCUCCUCCCAAGGCUUGGAACAAAGUCCGAUGAUGUCGUCAUUCGGGUGUGAAAUGCACAUUUUGUUCAUCUACAGGGGAGUCGCUGAUUUUCAUUUUACUCGUUAUUGAGGCUGCAAUAUUAUCUUGGGACACAUUGCGACAACUUAUUUGCAGAGUGCAGUGUUUUAAACAUCUGCAGGAUGGUCUCGCUAGCUUAGAAUUUCCCCCAUGCUGCUGUAUUAAAACAUUUUGUGGCUUUUUGCUGUAUCGUGCAAGUGGUGCCUACUGUAGAGCUGUUGUCCCCUACCCAAGCAGUGCAGGAAAGGGAGUUGUACCCCUUUUGUUUUUUAUGCACAAUUGUGUGAAUUUGUUGCGAGGAUAGGGGUGGUGGGAGCCGUUCAUGCCACUCUGCUUUGCUAACCGUCCUGUCCUGUUUUCUUGCCAAAGGUCUCACUCCUGACGAGGAGGAGGACUGACACGCAGGGGUUCAGGACCUGUUUACACGUGUGUGUGGAAUCUGGAUCAAUAGGAAUGGAUGGAAUUCAGGAUUGGAUCCACACAUGGCAGGAUGCAAACAGGUGCCGUAAGAGUUGCGCACAACUGUGGGAUGGAAUGGUGGGGUGGGCUGUUGUGGCUAGGACUAGAUGCAGCUUUGGGACGGUUGGUGGGCUCUUUUUCUGCAGCUUUUUACAGAGAAGUACUGGUAUUAUAAAGCAGUACUUAUAGCGUUAGCUGUGUACUCUCACUUAAAAUUGGGCAAUCAAAUUUAGGUAUGCAAUCAAGCCUCAUAACAGUUAUAUUUUACUUGAAAACAAGUUCGUGAUACCUGAAAAUUCGUUAUAAAAUCUGUUCCUAACAUUAUAUUUAGAGGCUACUAGUUUGCAUUUGCUCGGUUGUAACCGAGGUUUGAGUGUAGCUGAGAGCUGUUUCUAAACAAUCAAUGGGCUUGCUUCAAAACGCAGUUUUUUCAGGACUUGUCAGAGGUGAGUAUGAACAAUGGGGCAGCGUGGGAUCAGUGGCAACUUGGAGGUAGAGCAAUCUAGCCUGUAGACCUUGUGUUAUCAGAGUCGAGCUCAUGAUUUUGAGGUGGCAUUAAAAUUGACAUCUGGUUUGA